ACGUGUACCAAGACAAAGGAUGAUGAGUUGGCAUUGCCAGCUCGAUUCAGCUCACCUCAGCCAAGCCAAAAAUCGCUGAGCCGCAGCAGCCGCCUAAAGAUUCUCUCGUGCUCCUAAAAAGUAAAAACGCACUCUCCCAUUUUCCUCCACCACGUGGUUCGUUUUCAAGCCGUUCAGAUCUCCAGGGCCCACAGGAAAUCCAACGACCGAAAUUCCACUUCAUGAGUCCACUCUUAUCGAUAAACAAACGGUCCAAAACCAACCACGUGUCAUCCCCGAUGCAUUAUUAUCCCAUCUAUCCAACGGACCCAAACAACCUCUCUCUCUCUCUCUCUCUCUCUGCGUCCGACACUCCUUUCCUCAUUCUUCGGAACCCGUUCUUCCUUUCCGACCAGCGACAACGAUCAUCGUGAUAUCCCAGUUCUACCCUCACCGAACCCCCCAAAUUCUCCGCUAGCUCAUAGAAAACUUGUCCGGGAUUUUUUUUUCCUUUUUUGUUCUUUUUUCUUUGGGGAUGGCUGAAUCAGACAAUGAAUCGGGGGGGCAUAACAACAGCGGAGGAAACGCUCACAGCGAAACGUCAGCGCGUGAGCAAGACAGGUUCUUGCCGAUCGCAAACGUAAGCAGGAUCAUGAAAAAGGCGUUGCCGGCAAACGCUAAGAUCUCCAAAGACGCUAAAGAAACGGUCCAGGAAUGCGUCUCCGAGUUCAUCAGUUUCAUCACGGGAGAAGCUUCCGACAAGUGUCAGCGCGAAAAGCGGAAGACCAUUAACGGGGAUGAUCUGCUUUGGGCCAUGACGACGCUUGGUUUCGAGGAGUACGUGGAGCCCUUGAAGAUUUAUUUGCAGAAGUACAGGGAAAUGGAAGGCGAGAAGAGCUCCAUGGGAAGGGGAGAAAAAGAUGGCGCCAGUGGUGGUUCCUCCGGCGGGGCAAGUGGCAGCGGUGGCGGAGGGAGUGGAGGUGGAGGUGGAGUAGGUCCGGGUGGUGGUGGUGGUGGUGGGUUCAAUGGAGGAGGGAUGUACGGAGGGAUGAUGAUGAUGGGUCAUCAUCAAGGUCACGUUUACGGCUCCGGUGGGUAUCAUCAUCAGAUUAGCAUGGAGAAACGUGGUGGCACAGGCGUUGCCGCCGCCAAUGAUGAAGCAAGAGGUGGAGCUGCUGUCAGGUCAAGGUAGAAAGUAAGGUAGAUGGUUUGGUAGGGGGUAUGGAGCAUGGUUUAAGAAGAAAAUUGUUGAUGUUAAUUAAUUGUUGAUUGGGGUAUUUAAAUUUUACUUGUUAAGCAUUAACUCGAUUUCUUAGGUCUCUAUUUUGUGGGAUAUGUGAUUGUCGGCAAGAAGAAAGAAGAAGAUGAUGCAUAGUAAAAAAAAAAGUUGUAACCUUCAAUGAUAAAAGAGAAUUAGUAGUAUUCUAAUUUAAUGGGGGGGAAAAAACCUUGUGUGCAACUACUGCAGAUGAAAACUUUAAUUCAUUUUCUGCCGUCUCUUUUGUUAUUA